AACCUCUGACCCAAGAGGCGACAUCAGAAGCCACUGGCACUGGUUGUUCUGUUUCUCUCAAAGGUUGCAUUUUUAUGCACUUUGCUUGCUUCUUCCGUCACCAACUCUCUCUCUCUCUUACCAAGAACCCUCAAUCGUCAAUCAUUUGAAGGGACGAGAUUGUAUGCUCUGAUUCGCCCUAAUCCCCCAAAUCUCUCCCAAUCCCAUCCCAAUCAACCCCGUCUUCUCUAUGCCCCCGUUCAGUGUCCGGGGUUUUGCGAUCGCCUAGCUCACCCAACUCCCAACCCAUGUCUACUUCGAUCGGCGGCGAGGCGGGUCCGGCCGAGGUCUGCAUAAACGACAUCCUCACCGACGACGAGCUUAGGUCGGUCCUGGCGAAGCUGGACUCCGAGAAGGACAAGGAGAUCUUCGGUCUGGUGUGCAAGAGGUGGCUCACUCUCCAGAGCUCCGAGCGCCGGAAGCUCGCCGCCCGCGCGGGUCCUCACAUGCUCCUCAUGCUCGCCGCCCGGUUCGGCCGAGUCGUCGAGCUGGACCUCUCGCAGUCCGUCUCGCGCUCCUUCUACCCAGGCGUCACUGACGCCGACCUCGCCGUCGUCGCCAACAAGUUCAAGCGCUUGAAGGUGCUCAAUCUGAGCAACUGUAAAGGUAUAACUGAUAAAGGAAUGCUGGAACUUGGAGAUGGUCUUUCGUCCUUGCAGUCAUUAGAUGUAUCCAAUUGCAGAAAGCUGACAGACCGGGGAUUGGAGGCGGUUGCUAAGGGUUGUUAUGAUAUGCGUACAAUGCAUCUUGCCGGUUGCAGAUCUGUCAGCGAUAUAUUGUUAAUGGGUCUUUCGCGAAAUUGCCCCAACUUAGAAGAAUUGGUGCUUGAAGGAUGCACCAAUAUAACUGAUCAAGGAAUCACGAACCUUGUUGUUGGUUGUCAACAAAUCAAGCUGUUAGAUGUUAGUAAAUGUAGCAAUGUAGGAGACUUGGGGAUCUCCAAUGUCGCAGAAUCUUGUGCUUCUUCUCUAAGGACCCUUAAGUUGUUGGAUUGCUGUAAAGUGGGAGAUCAGUCCAUAUUAUCCUUGGCCAGCUUUUGCACAGGUCUUGAAACCCUUGUCGUUAGCGGUUGCCGUGAUAUAUCUGAUGAGUCUCUAAAAUCUCUGGCUGCUGCAUGUGGAAAUAGUCUCAAGAUCUUGGGAAUGAAUUGGUGUUUGAAUGUAUCCGACUUGUCUCUGAGCAGCAUCCUUGCUCGAUGCAGAUAUCUGGAGGCUCUUGACAUUGGGUGUUGCGAAGAGGUGACUGAUGCCGCCUUCCAAGGUCUGGCUAGUGUGGAAGAUGAAUUGAGUUUGAAGGUUUUAAAAGUCAGCAACUGUCCCAAUAUAACGAUGACAGGAUUAGGCAUUAUUUUGGACAAAUGCCGCUCCCUGGAAUAUCUUGACGUGAGAUCAUGUCCCCAUAUUUCAAAGGCAGCUUGUGAUGAGGCCGGGUUACAGUUUCCUGAUUGUUGCAAGGUCAACUAUGUCGGCAGGUUGUCUGAGCCUGACAUGUUACUUUAGCCGAUUGAAUGGUUACAUUGAGCGUUGUCGUCCUAUUUUCAAGCAGAAAAAGAAACCGAUGAAGUUUCAGCUAUGGAUUUUCCUUGCAAGACUUACCAUGUACAUCUGUCCGGGGUGCUAUACCCCAACUCGAAGGGAUAUUCUUCUGUUCCUAGUGCACAGCAUUUUAUGAUGGAUAUGGGAUGGAGAGUCAUCUGCUUUGAGUUAUAUGUAACCAGAAGUUUAUCUAUGUAAAUUGCAGCAAACUUGCUUUCUUUCCUGACAUACAAUUUUAUUGCUCUUCAAUACUCCUUCCUUAUCUGCAGCAUGUUGGCAUACUAAUGCAGUGCCUUAUCUGUAUAUUUUCCAUAAAUUCUCCUCGAGAGAUUAUGGAUCGGAUGGAGUAUUACGC